GGAGGGUUCACAUGCUGUUAGCUAGGGAUGCGGUAGAGAGAUGACGAGAGCAAACACCAACUUUAUGCAGAUUGGCAAAAACUAUUUCUGAGCACCAAAAUGCACAGACUGUUGGUUUUCUUUUAACGGAAGGUGCUCCAUAAUGGAGUACUUUCCAUCGCACUGUAGUUUAGCUGCUUUUGUUCAGCCCAUCACAUCAAUCCGAGUCUUCAUACAGACUUCAUGAAUUGGACAUUCAGAUUCAGUGUUAUAUAUACACACCAAAUAGUACAAACGUUAAGAGAGAAAGAGAAGCGGAAGAAGCUAGGCUUAGCACUUGGUGGAAGAUUUAAUCGAGGUGGAAAAAACAUGGAGAAUGUCAGUGGUUCAUCGUCCAAAGACAAAAAAGUUAAACUUGAGAACCUUCCAGUUAAAAAGGUGCCAAAUUUGGAAGGCUUACAUAACCGAUGCAUCGAGAAAGAAUCAAUGAUUCAGGAGCUCAAGAAAGAUAUUGAAUCGGUGAAGUAUCGUCUAGAGAUGGGAAAGCAUGAAGUUCAGACAGGAAAUACGGAGGCUAUCUUAACCUUGACCAAGGAGUAUAACAGGCUAAGAUCUGAGUACCCCUCAUUAUUAAAUGCAUCUGGGAAGUCGAAGUAGUUAAAUGAAGUUGUCCACCAAAAUCCACUUUGCAAAUCAUGAAUGAAAGUUUAGCUAGUGUGUUCCUUUUCUUCUUUUAGAACUAGUGUUUAACUAGUAUGUCAAGUAGCAGAAGUCUUGCGUAUCAGACUAUCAUUAAUGAUUAUGGUUCUUGUCUUAAAUAGCAAUCGCUCGGAACAAUGUUGCCUUCUUAACAUCAAUAGUGAGGCUGUAAGA